GGCGCGCGCGGCGGCGGCGGACAAUACCGGGGCGGCGGCGCGGCUCGGCACGGCGCGGCUCGGCACCAUGCUGGCGCUCUUCAACAAGCUGCUGGACUGGUUCCGGGCGCUCUUCUGGAAGGAGGAGAUGGAGCUGACCCUGGUGGGGCUGCAGUACUCGGGCAAGACCACCUUCGUUAACGUGAUCGCGUCAGGACAGUUCAAUGAAGACAUGAUCCCGACAGUGGGCUUUAAUAUGAGGAAGAUCACCAAGGGGAACGUUACCAUAAAGCUCUGGGACAUUGGUGGCCAGCCUCGUUUUCGCAGCAUGUGGGAGCGAUACUGCCGCGGAGUGAGUGCCAUUGUAUACAUGGUGGAUGCCGCUGAUCAGGAGAAAAUAGAGGCUUCAAAGAACGAGCUUCAUAACCUACUUGACAAGCCACAGCUCCAGGGCAUCCCGGUCCUAGUCCUUGGAAACAAACGAGACCUCCCUGGUGCCUUGGACGAGAAGGAGCUCAUUGAGAAGAUGAACCUGUCUGCCAUCCAGGACCGAGAGAUCUGUUGCUACUCUAUCUCCUGCAAAGAAAAGGACAAUAUUGACAUCACCCUACAGUGGCUUAUUCAGCACUCGAAGUCUAGGAGAAGCUGAAAUCCUGCAGACUGGAGCUUAUAUUGGGAAGAUGCCAUUGUACAAGCCCAUGCCCCCUUCUUUCUCCUGCUCUGUCCCUUCAGCUCUCUCUCUAGAUGGGUAUUUUUAGGGGACCCCAAACUCCACUCGUGUUGAGGUGGAGUCCUUGUUUUUAUUGUAAAGAAAACAUCCAACUCUGCCCUCCUCUCCUCUCUCUCUAUCUCUCCCUCCCAUUUUGGCACUGUUCUGUUGUUGUCUGUGUAUACAGUAUAUAUAUAUAUGUAUAUAUAUUUUAAUUUUUUAAUUUAAGCGAUAGCGCUGUUACUAAACUGGGCCCUAUGAGCUGUAGGAAGGCUUUGGGCUCACUGAGGGCGGCCGAGGGUCAGCGCUGUGAGGAAGAUGAGAUGAGCAUGGUGGCAGAACUCAGCCCCUGGGGCAGUGGGCCAUGCUGGGCUGCAGACAGGUUCAUGAUGCUCCCUUGCCUCUUCCCUGGAGGCCUUGCCUGUAUCUCCAGGUCUAGGGCCUCCCUGGGGGGUUGUGUGUGAUCAGGAGUGCUCCUGCCCUGCCCUUGCCCUGUCCUUGCAGAGGAAGAGCCCUUGCCCAUGUUUUGGCAUCUUUGGGCAGGACUUGUCCUGGAGUGCAGUGGGCACAGCUGGCCGGGGAGGUGAUGCCCUCCCUCUCCCCAGGUUGCACAGCUGACCAGGGAGGUGAUACCCUCCCUCUCCCCAGGUUCCUCUCUCUGCCCUUGGGAAUGGGGAUUUCUCAUGACCUGGUAAGAUCAACCUUCACACAGCGUGUCCGGCUCCUGUACUGCUGCCCCGGACCUCCUCCUUGCCACUGUGGUGGGCAACUUGUCUCCCUCCCCUGGGUUUUCUUCUCACCAGGGUUCAGGCAGAGUUGUUCCCAGGGUCUUCGAACUGCCCCAUGCUACGGAAAUCUGCUGCAGCACAGUGAUCGUGGUUGGAGACUCAGGCUGUCUGGGCCCCCACGCUCAGGCAGGAUGCUGCCCUGGCAAGCCUCACGGCAGCCAAAAUAGUAACUUGACUGGUCUGGAACUAGUGCAGAGGGGCCUGGUGAUGCCAGGCAGCCUCCCGCACUGGCAGAGACAUGGGGCCGGCUCCUGCCUUCUCCCUGCCCUGGUUGUCCCACAGGCACAUCUUGGCUGCCCAGAGAAGCUGGGCUAUGUGAAGCUGAGAUUGCUUUCUGCAAGCCAGAAGGCAUCACCCUACCCCUUGCUAGGGCUGAUGUUUUCUGAGAUGCUUGAACACAUCAUGUACGGGUGUCAGGGGGUAGAGAAGGAGGCACUUCUUCCCCUGUGGAUGCAGGAGCCUGAGAGCUUUUUGGCAGCAGCAGCAGUCACCACUGGGAGUGAGGACAGUGCUCCAGGUUGUGCCCUGCUCUCUGUUGCUAUAUGCUGCCAUCCUGGAGCUGGCCCCUCUGCCAGCCCAGGGUGUCCUGGCUCUGGAGGGAGCUACAGUGCCCUUGGGCCCCAAGGGCAGUGAGGUGGAGGGGACAACCGGACUGAUGUGUUCAGCCCCUUCCAGCACAUGGGAAAAGAGUGAGAGGAAACCCAGUCUCCGGGACAGGUCAGAAAGGCUUUGCCUGUCUAUGCGGUAUGUUCAGUUGCUGGGUCUCUGUGCAGCACAGCCUUGAGGCCUUGCUAGGCUGCAUAUGGGCUAGUUCAGGGGAGAGGGGACACAUAGGUGGGCCUUUUGGUGGGGUAGGGGAAGACACACUGAUGCCAAGAAGUGAGAGUGCUUAAGUGGGGUCAGGGCUGUGGCAUGGUGUAGGGGCACCUGCCUCUCUCCAACUCAGGGCUGGGAAGGAGAGGAUGGAGAUCACCUGGAAGCCCUUGCAUUCCCUGCCUGCCAGUAUUUUGCUGAGAGGCAGCUUGCAGCCAGCAUGGGAGGCUGCAGGAUCCCUCUUGGGACCUUUUUCCCUUAGGCAGACUGGCUCAUGGGAGCGGCAAGGCUGUGGUGUUCUGUUCUCAUUUUUGCAGAAUUGCACAAAGAGAGGUUUCCCUUUUUUUUUUUUUUUAAUUUAAUAAAUUGUAAAGUGUUGUCAUUCCCCCCCCCCCCUUUUUUUUAAGAGAUUUUUGGCUCAGAUUUGACCUCUGUUGGGAGUUGAUUCCUGUAACUGUACAUUUUUUUUGCCUCCUAAUAAUAAUAAAUUAACAAUUUUGCGUUG